AGCAGAGUAUAGAAAGAGAAAAGAGUGAAGAGAAGAAGCAAAUUGAAUGGCGCCACUUUCAUUGCCUCUGAAUUUGAAAUGGAUGCCAUUGAAUUUGAGAGCCACAGCCACCGCCACUUCAACCAACAAGGUCCCUGAAAUGCCACUGCCGGAGAAAAUCUGCAACUCAAGAGUGUUGGUCCUCGGCGGAACGGGUCGGAUAGGAGGAUCCACCGCCGUUGCCCUCUCCAACCUCUGUCCAGACCUUCAAAUCCUCGUCGCCGGCAGAAACAGAGAGAAAGGUGAAGCUCUGGCUGCAAAACUUGGCAGCAAUUCAGGUUUUACUCGUGUUGAUAUCGACGACGUCAAUUCGCUGGAAACGGCGUUGAAAGAUGUGGAUCUUGUAGUUCAUGCCGCAGGACCUUUCCAACGAGCAGAAAGCUGCAAUGUGCUUGAAGCUGCUAUAAAUACUAAGACUGCGUAUGUUGAUGUUUGUGAUGAUACAAGCUAUGCAUGGCGUGCGAAAUCCUUGAUGAGUAGGGCGUUAGCUGCAAGUGUUCCAGCUAUAACAACCGGAGGAAUUUACCCUGGAGUUAGCAAUGUUAUGGCAGCAGAGCUAGUUCGUGCUGCAGAAAAUGAAGGUAUAGAUAAGCCAGAGAGGCUAAGAUUCUUCUACUACACAGCUGGAACUGGUGGUGCUGGCCCAACUAUAUUAGCUACAAGCUUCUUGCUGUUGGGAGAGGAAGUAGUUGCAUAUAACAAAGGAGAAAAGAUCAAUCUGAAGCCAUAUAGUGGAAUGCUCAACGUUGACUUUGGAAAAGGAAUUGGCAAAAGAGAUGUUUAUCUAUUGAAUUUACCAGAGGUUAGAAGUGCUCAUGAGAUUCUAGGAGUGCCAACAGUAAGUGCUCGAUUUGGGACAGCACCAUUUUUCUGGAAUUGGGGUAUGGAAGCUAUGACAAAAUUUCUUCCUUCGGAAUUUCUAAGAGACAGAAAUAAAGUCCGAAAGUUGGUUGAGAUUUUUGAUCCUUUUGUUCGAGUAAUGGAUGGGAUUGCUGGAGAACGUGUAUCAAUGAGGGUUGAUUUGGAGUGUGCAAGUGGACGCAACACUGUUGGUAUAUUCAGUCAUAGGAGACUUUCGGUAUCUGUUGGAAUAGCAACAGCUGCAUUUGCACUUGCAGUUCUUGAAGGAAGCACGCAGCCUGGGGUUUGGUUUCCUGAAGAGCCUGAAGGACUUCCAAUUGAAGCAAGAGAAGUUCUUCUCAAGCGUGCUAGCCAGGGAACGUUUAACUUCGUAAUGAACAAGUCAGCAUGGAUGAUUGAAACAGAUCCAAAGGAGAUUGGAUUUGGAAUAUACAUAUGAGUUUUCCCAUGCCAAAGCAAAAGUGAAAUUCAGUAAAAUUCUUUUUAUUGUACUGCAAGGCCGUAAGGUAUAAUUCUGGAGAAAUGUCCUAAACAGCAAGGCACACUUAUGCCCUACCUAUUUGGAUUCGCUAAAUGAAAAUGGAGCCAUAGUCCAUAGCCUUCUCCUGCAAAGAGAUCCAAGCAAUUUGUUAUUUGUAACUGGGAUCUUGAAAGGGUUUCUCGUGUUGUGGGGGGGGGGGGGGGGGGGGGGGUAGGUGAUGGGAGAGGUUAACUUUGAAAAUUAUUAAAUUAACAAAUUACAAUAUAUACGCUUACUUUAUUCAUGAAAUGAAUUUGGUUCCUC